ACAUCAUUAUUGGAGGUUCUGUUUUGUUUUCAUCGUAUUCCAGAUAUUUCUCCCUCCGGCAGCUUCUCUAUCUCCUCCACUUCCAGCGAACUUGGAGUGAUCUGCGCCUUGUGAUUCUUCGGAGGAGAUGCUACAUCUUCUUUCCCUGCGAAACUAGAGAGGAGACCCAGUAGCGAACUUCUACUCCGAUUGAGAAGAAGGGGAAGAAGCAACAGAUAAGAGGAAAUGGUGGGUGGUGGUGGUUCAGGGGUAGUGAUGGUGCUGGUGUUGACAGAGUUCUUGGAGCAGGGGCUGAGCACCAUGAGCAAAGUAGCCAUGAGCAGAGGCAUGAGCAACUUCGUCUUCGUUGCUUACUCCAACGCUCUCGCCAUCUUCUUCCUUUUCUCUGCUUCUCUCUUCUUUUACAGGAAAAGAAGGCUCCCCGCACUCACACUCUCUAUAGCUUUCAGAAUCUUUCUCAUGGGUCUGAUAGCGACAUGUUUGCAACUGUUGAUGUAUGUGGGGAUCGGAUACAGCUCUCCUACUUUGGCCUCGGUCAUGACCGAUCUCGCACCGGCUUUCACUUUCAUUCUUGCUCUCAUCUCCAGGAUGGAAAAGAUUGACUUGAGAGUGCAAAGCAGCAUGGCUAAAAUCGUGGGCACGAUAGUAUGCAUCACUGGUGCUCUCAUCGUUACACUCUACAGAGGCCUCCCGCUCACAAAUGGUUCACCAUCGAUGCCUCAAGGGCUCCUUCUUCAGCCACACUCCAGCUGGAUUAUCGGCGGCUUUCUUCUCGGUUGUGCUGCCUUCUUGCUCUCGGUUUUACUAAUCGUGCAGACAUGGAUACUGAGGGAUUAUCCAGCAGAGCUAAUGUUGACACUCCUCACUUGCGUCGUUGUGACAAUACAGUCCACCAUCGUGGCUCUGAUCAUGGAGAAAGACGUGAAUGCUUGGAUGUUGAAGCCCGAUGUAGAGUUGAUGACCAUAGUCUACUCGGCAUUUUUCGUGGUAGCCAUAAGGAGCGUGACUCACGCUUGGGUGUGCAAGACCAAAGGGCCUGUCUACAUCUCCAUGUUUAAGCCACUUGGCAUGAUCAUUGCCUCUGCAAUGGGGGUUUCUUUGCUUGGUGACACUCUUUAUCUUGGAAGUGUGAUUGGAGGAGUCAUAAUAGCUAUUGGGUUUUAUGCUGUCAUAUGGGGGAAAGCUGAGGAAGAGAAGGCGGUCCAAGAAAGUGGAAGUUUCAGCUUCAAGUCUUCCUCUCCUAAAGUACCUCUUUUGAACAAACCCGUGGAAGCAUAGUGCAUCUCUUAUCUUGACCGCAGUCUGGUUUCAAAUUCAGAUUUGCAUACACCGCGAGGCUCAAACGGGAAACUUUUAUAGAACAACAUGCUGUUUCGUUCUUAUGUUUGUAUGGUUAGAUGCUUUUCUGAUACAAAGCAGACUAGCUUGUAUGUUUAUGACUUAAUGCCAUAGAUAUGCACUGAUGAGAAUUCUCAUUGUAAGCUGCUCAAGCAAUUUGCUGAUCUGGUUAAGCAAUAUGGCAUUACCAAGUAUCUUUUCUGGCAUCUUGGCAUUGUAAUGACUUUUUCUUUUUGAUCAA